AAACAUUGUAAAGUCAAAACAAAACUCAAAAACACGACGGCAACGUUUCAUUAAAAGUCGCAUUGGUAUAAACGCCAUAAAAACACCCAAAAAUGGCCACAAAACAGUAAAUAAACAACCAAAAUGUAACCCCCACCAUCUCCCUCCCACAAAACCCGUAUAACCCUGAGGAAUUAGUUGUACCAAUCAAAAUGGGUAAGCCAAAGUACGACCAUCCAACCCCCACGUUUCCAUACAAAAUAGCCAAAAGACUGAACAUACUGAGUGUCCCGCACAAGUAUAUCAUUGAUACCGAAGAGGGCAUGCCGGCGCUAACUCCUCAAGGGAUACGGAAGUCAGCUCUGAAAAGUAUUUUGAGUGAUAGAGUGAAUGAUGCUGCUUGGCCUUACGUACGCCGUUUUAUAUUACUAAAGCGCAUGUACAAGAACAAAUUCAGCCAAGAACGCUUAGAGCGCAUCGACCGCAUGAUAGAAGCGGCAAAUGCGACCUGCUACUCUAAGCUCGCCAACUGCGUCAUAGACCUGAAGAAGAAGGACGCCAAGGACGUGAAGAAGAAGCGAGGCUGGAGCGAGAGCGACUGGAAGAAGCAUAUGGACUAUAUCAGCCAGAUUGCUGGGCCUAAGCGGCAGUUUGAACCACCUCCUGUAAAGAGAGGCCUACGUAAACCGCUGGAGCUUCUUUUGCCGAGAAUCAACCAGAACUGUCACUUGCCUGAAUUCAAAUGGUACAGACGGUUGUCCAAAGAGGAUUGGUACCGCGAUCCUGUCAAGGUACCGCCGAACGCUCUCAAAUACCAGAUAACGGACAGAGUGAAGAAACUAGCCACUCCAAGAGCUAUACCGCAACCAGAGUGACCGACUUAAAUAUCAAUUUCCUGAAAAUAAGACUUCCUCGAUAAAGACUAUAAAACCUAAAAGUCUUGUAAGAAAUAAGUUCCAUAAAGCAGUCACAAAAUAAAAUUCUUGGAAAAUC